UCCAGAGCAGCUGUCCCGCACGCGCUCAGUGGCUCUGCGUGUGCUCCUAACAAACACUCAGUGGCCAGGGAUACAGUCAGGACACAAGUAUCUGUGUCGGAACCUUUAGUUUUGGGCAUUGGAGCGACACGGACUAUUUUUGCUGACGCCCCGCUGCACUGUGGAGGACGUUUUAAACAGUCCAGGAUGGCUCAAGCGGACAGCAGGGCUCUGGUUUUAGGAGCUCUGGCAGGUGCUGCUGGGAUCAGCCUGGCCAUCGUCUACUUCAGGAAAGUCAAAGCAAGUGAUGGCAGAGUCCUAAACCAGAGGAGCAUUGGGGAUUACACAGACGGCCCUUUGUGUCUGCAGACAGGCCAGGCCGAGGUGCUAGACCGACUGGGUGCUCUAAUCCACUGUGUGUCCGAGCUUAAAGAAGAGGUAAAAGCCCUGAAGGAUGCACUUCCACACCUGCAGGACAACGUCAGAGAUCAGCUGAGGGGCCGGAGCGCAGAGGAUAUCAGCGCUCGUAGGGCAAGUCCCCUUCAUCGCACUCCCACAAGGAGAAAAAGAUCAGGAGUCCCAGCUAGAAGUGAAGGACAGAGCUCAGAAGAGGCAGAGAGUGAAGGAGGGUAUAUAACUGCACUGACCGAUUCAGAGGAAGAUGAAAGUGAUGAUGAGCGAAAGCCACAGCAGGAACCAGUGGAUGAACUCAUGGCUCUGCUGCAGAAAGCAGACAGACUGCACAGCUGCAAUGGGCCUGAGAAAGCACAAGGCCUGAGCACGCUGCUGGAGAGGAAAGAAGAGUUUGAUCAGCGCUGCCAGUAUCUUUGGCGUUUGGCCAGAGCCUAUGCAGAUGCACAUGAUUUUGCUUCGGACCAUUUGGAGAAGAAAAGCUGUGCUGAGAAUGGAAAAAAAUACGGUAAAGAAGCAAUUUCCAUCAAUCCACUAUGUGCUGAAGGACAUCAGUGGUAUGCCAUACUAUGUGGACUGCUGUCAGAUUAUGAGUCAGUUCAGAAUAAAAUUAAAAAUGGCUACCUUUUUAAGGAUCAUCUAGAUAAAGCCAUUGAGCUGAAACCUGAAGAUCCUCUGUCGUAUUACCUGCUGGGCCGCUGGUGUUAUGCUGUGUCACAGUGUACCUGGAUUGAGAGGAAAAUCGCUGCUACUCUGUUUGGAGAGCCACCCAGUGCCACCGUUCAGGAUGCCCUGCAGAACUUCCUCAAGGCAGAAGAGAUCAGUCCCAAGUACUCCAAAUUCAACUACGUGUUUUUAGCUAAGUGUUAUAAAGACUUGGGCCAGAGGAGUGUUGCUCAACAGAUGUGUGACGCUGCCACUACCAUAAGCGUCGUGACUAAAGAGGACGAGGAGGCACAGAAGGAGCUAGACUCUCUUGUAGCAUCACUUUAAAUCGACAACAAAAUGGAGCACAAUUUGUCUGUCUUGGUGUUUUGGAUUCGAUUAGACUGUGACUGGUUUAUCAACAAACCAACAUAUCAACUGUUAAUGGUGGUCAGGUCACAUGGUUUAUUACGUCUUCAUUAAAAGGGAGCAGUGUUUAGUUUGUUUAACUUGAGACACAAUGUUAUGGAAGCAUUUCGAAUAAAAACAUGGUAAUUAAGAAUUAUUAAACUUUUUAUAUUACAAUUUAGAUUUUUUUUUCUCCUUGCAAUUUUACAGAAUUUUGAGUUUGCAUUUCACUAUUCAAAAUGUUAAAUACCAAGUUUAAAUCUCACAAUUUUGACUCACAGAAUUUAUAUACACUAUACAAAAGAUUGGGGAUCAGUAGGAUUUUUAAAUGUUUUAAAAUGAGCUUCUCCUGCUCACCAAGGCGGCAUUUAUUUCAUCAAAAAUACAGUGCAAACUGUAAAAUUGUAAAAUGUUAUUGCACUACAAAAUAACUGUUCAAAAGUAGCUUAUAAUUUAACUUAAUAAUUUA